AUAUUUUUUUUUCAUUCCACAGCAAACAGAACAAAACCAGCUUCCAAAUGCCCCACCACCCAUCAGGCCAUCAGCUCCCCAACUCCUCCGGCUACCUCUGACCCAUCUCGAUUUUGGUUUCUAAUGGUUGUCUAGGGGCAAGAAAUCACAUGAACCAUGUGCUCAACCACUCCAAAUCCCUAAACCUUCUUCGCGUCUUGCUAGUGUCUGCCGUGCUCGUGGUCUCCCGUGCACCCCUUGCACACCCUCCUUGUCUGCGCUGCCCCUUUCCGGCCAACUCCACAGCUCACGCCAUCUUAUCAGCAGCCGACGCCCUUAAUAAGAUUGAUAUCGACUUCUUUGAAUCAUCAAGGAUCUGCAGCUCAGCUAUUAUGUCCAAAUCCCGAGUCUACGCCGACAUUAAUGUUCUUCGCCCUAGAGAAUACUGGGAUUACGAGUCUCUCACUGUUCAGUGGGGUGAUCAAGAUGACUAUGAAGUUGUUCGGAAAGUUGGGAGGGGAAAAUACAGUGAAGUUUUUGAGGGGAUAAACGUCAACAGCAAUGAGCGGUGCGUAAUUAAGAUCCUGAAGCCUGUGAAGAAGAAAAAGAUAAAGAGAGAGAUCAAGAUUCUGCAGAAUCUUUGUGGGGGACCAAAUAUUGUCAAGCUACUGGAUAUCGUUAGAGAUCAGCACUCAAAAACUCCUAGCUUGAUUUUUGAGUAUGUCAACAGUACAGAUUUUAAGGUUUUGUAUCCAACAUUGACAGAUUACGACAUACGAUACUACAUUUAUGAGCUGCUAAAGGCAUUGGAUUACUGUCAUUCACAAGGAAUAAUGCAUAGGGAUGUGAAGCCUCAUAAUGUUAUGAUAGACCAUGAGUUGCGCAAACUUCGUUUGAUAGACUGGGGCCUCGCGGAGUUUUAUCACCCUGGCAAGGAGUAUAACGUUCGUGUGGCUUCAAGAUACUUCAAGGGGCCUGAACUUCUUGUUGAUUUGCAAGAUUAUGACUAUUCUCUGGAUAUGUGGAGCCUUGGUUGCAUGUUUGCUGGAAUGAUUUUUCGUAAGGAACCUUUCUUUUAUGGUCAUGACAACCAGGAUCAGCUUGUGAAAAUUGCAAAGGUUCUUGGAACAGAUGAAUUAAAUGCAUAUUUGCAUAAAUAUCAUCUAGAACUUGAUCCCCAACUUGAAACUCUUGUUGGGAGACACAGCAGGAAGCCCUGGUCAAAAUUUAUCAAUGCAGAUAAUCAGCAUCUAGUUUCACCUGAGGCUAUUGAUUUUCUUGACAAGCUUCUUCGCUACGAUCAUCAAGACAGGCUUACGGCAAGAGAAGCAAUGGCCCAUCCAUAUUUCUUGCAAGUAAGGGCUGCAGAAAGUAGCAGGCUGCGACCACAGUAGACUGACUGGUCACCACUGGUGUGUUAUCAAAAAUAGGAGCAGGUGCAUGAAGAACGAUGGCACAUAUCGUCUAUAAGAAACGAAUAUCUGGAAUUGGUGCAGUUGGAUUAGAUUGGACUGGAUAAUUUGUGUGACCAUACGGGUUUUGUAUCAAUUAGUCGACAUUUGUAUUUGUACCAGAUAGACAUUGAUUGAAAUGUAACAUACCUUUCUUCAUCAGA